UCUGCUCGUUCUGAACAACCGUCUGACUUACUUCCCAAAUGGCUUCAUCUGGGAUACAGUUGACCGGCCUGGUCUUCGCCAUCAUCGGGAUGGUGGGUACAUUAUCGGCGACCAUUAUGCCUCACUGGAGGAUCACAGCGCACAUCGGCUCAAACAUCGUGACUGCCAUCGUGUACAUGAAGGGGCUGUGGUGGGCCUGCGCCAUGUUCAGCACUGGCAUCUUUCAGUGCGAGACGUACAACUCCGUGCUGGAGCUCCCGCCCGACCUGCAGGCCGCCCGCUCCAUGAUGGUCAUCUCGGUGGCUAUGGCUUUGGUGGGCAUCGUGGUGUCCGUGGUCGGCAUGAAGUGCACCGUCUGCGCCAAGGACUCGCCAAUCAAGAACAAGAUCGCGGGCGCCGGAGGCAUUUGCUUUAUGCUGGCCGGCUUCAUGUCCCUGGUGCCCAUCUCGUGGACCAUGAAUGAAGUGAUACAGUAUUUCCGCAACCCCUUGAUCCCAGGCGACCUCAAGUACGAAAUCGGUGAAUCUCUGUACCUGGGGAUGGUGUCCUCUUUGGUGUCUGUGAUCGGAGGAGCGAUGCUCACCAUGUCCUGUAUGAGCAGGCGCAUUAAUCCUCGGACACUCUACAAUAGACGGCCAGUGUCCUACCAGAACCCGCCAGUGACCCGCAACGUCCCCAACAUGUCUGCCGCCUCAGUCCAGUCAAAGCAGCCAAAGGUUGACUUCAACGGUUACAAUCUUACUGGCUAUGUGUAA